AUGCAGUACAGGAAAAUCAUCGAGGUGGAGCCGCCGAGUCCGUUAAGAUACAUUCUCGGUGCAGCGAUAAUGAUGAUUGGAGUUGUCUUACCCGUCGGUUACAUGAUGUUUCGUACCAAGCGUGUCCCUUCUUCUUCCUCUUACUCUAAACAGACGUAGGAACAAGUUUUGAUAUAGAGGAUUGAGCAAGAGACUCUUGGAUACAACUCCUGGCAAAUUGAGUUAGAAGGAAAUGCAAAAACAAGGUGGUCUUGACUCAUGUGAAAGUACAAUGUAAAUGCGCUGAAACUACAAUUUUGUUAUAUUUGAUGUUGGAUUUGUAUCGAGUUUAUGAACAUGUGAUUUGACUUAGAACUCAAAUUUUGUUAUACUUAUAUUUGGGAAUUCCAAUUCAAGUUUAUAAAGUGAGAUGUGUGGUUUGAUUCGGUAA